CUUCUUGGAAUUUUCAAAUAAAAAAAUUGAACCUGAAAACGGAAAAUAUGACGGUUAUCUAUGGAACGGAAUUGUUUUAUCAUCUUGGGUUGCUUCCAUCUUUGGAAUUAAUCGUUAUGAGCAAUUGGAAAUAAGAUAUGCUAUUAGAAUUGAUACAGGAUUAGAAAGUUAUUUAAAUGUCGCUUUAAUAUCUUCGAUUCUUAUAAUCACAAUUUAUUACGUUUUUGAAUUAAAAAAAAAUUUGCGAAAGGUUACUUUACAUGAACUUCUUAAUAAAAAAAUUGAAAUUUGUGAUAAUAUGAAUCCUGACGUUCUAAGAGUUAUCAUAUUUUGUAUCAUUAUUCCUUAUUUACUUCAAUGGUUUUUGUUAUUAUUUUAUAAUUUCGCCAAGUUAGUUGGAAAUAACGACUUAUUCUUUUUGAAUAUUCUUUUGGCAAUCGGUAAGCAUUUGAUAGAUAAAGUAAUUUUCGAUGCGUUAUUUAUUUUUAUAUAA